AAGCCAUGAUCUUGGAGCCGUGGACAGGCCUGCUGCGAUGGUGGGCUCUCUUCACUUACCUUGGCUACUGGAGUCCCUCUGGGGUUCGGACACAGUUCCCACGAAUCUGCAUGACAGUGGAGUUGCUAGUGUCCAAGGAGUGCUGUCCUGCUCUGGGGAUGGAACCCACCAACAUUUGUGGCUCUCUGGAGGGCCGCGGGCAGUGCGAAGACCUGAAGGCUGACAGCAGGCCCUGGGGUGGACCCUACACUCUCCACAAUCAGGAUGAUCGGGAACAGUGGCCCCAGAAGUUCUUCAACCGGACCUGCAGGUGCACAGGAAAUUAUGCUGGUUACAACUGUGGAGAUUGCAAGUUCGGCUGGAUGGGUACCAACUGUGAUAGAAGGAAACCACAAGUUACUAGGAAGAAUAUCCAUUCCUUGUCUGCCGAGGAGAGGGAUCAGUUCCUAGAUGCUUUGGACCGUGCGAAGAAGACCAUCCACCCCGACUACGUGAUCACCACUCAGCACUGGCUGGGCCUAUUAGGGCCCACAGGGACACAGCCUCAAAUUGUCAACAGUACAAUUUAUAACUUCUUCGUGUGGCUUCAUUAUUAUUCUGUCAGAGACACACUACUCGGCCCAGGGCGUCCAUUCAAAGCCAUAGAUUUUUCUCACCAAGGACCUGCCUUUGUCACAUGGCACAGGCACCAUUUACUCCUGCUUGAAAGAGACCUACAGCGACUCAUCGACAAUGAAUCUUUUGCUCUGCCUUACUGGAACUUUGCCACAGGACAGAACGAGUGCGAUGUGUGCACAGAUCAGCUUCUUGGUGCAUCAAGACUAGACGAUCCUACACUGAUUAGCCAGAAUUCACGAUUCUCCAGCUGGGAAAUUGUGUGUAAUAGCCUGGAUGACUACAACCAGCGAGUUACACUAUGUAAUGGGACAAAUGAAGGUUUACUGAGAAGGAAUCGAGUAGGAAGACCAAAUGAGCAGCUGCCAACCAUGGAAGAUGUAAAGAAUUGCCUCUCCCUUCAACAGUUUGACAAUCCUCCCUUCUUUCGAAACUCGAGCUUCAGCUUCAGGAAUGCCUUGGAAGGAUUUGCUAGACCAAAUGGAACCUUUGAUACCCUAGGGUUAAGCCUUCACAACUUGGUUCAUUCUUUCCUUAAUGGGACUAGCGCUUCCCCCCAUUCUGCUGCCAAUGAUCCUGUUUUUGUGGUCCUUCAUUCCUUUACUGAUGCCAUUUUUGAUGAGUGGAUGAAACGUUUUAAACCCCCUGCCAAUGCUUGGCCUCAGGAACUAGCUCCCAUUGGUCACAAUCAAAUGUAUAAUAUGGUUCCUUUCUUCCCUCCUGUGACUAAUGAUGAACUCUUUUUAACGGCAGAAAAUCUUGGCUACAGCUAUGCUAUUGACUUGCCAGUGUCAGUGGAAGAUUCACAGGCUUGGGCGACUCUGAUUGGAUCAAUUGUUGGAGGAGGACUAGUUGCUUUGGCUUUACUCCUUUUGCUUCUAUUUUUUCUUCAGCCCAGAAGACAGAGACAAGGAUUUGUCCCGUUGAUGAAGGCAAAUUUCAGUAACAAAAACUACAUGGAGGAAACCUGUAGCUCCAAUCACAUCGCCAUUUGACUUUUCCUAGGAAGAAUUUAGCGGGGUUGUAGGAAAUUAAUUUGAUUGUUUAACUUUUACCCAGAUAUUGAAACCAUGUAUUUCUUAGGGACAUAAUUGUACUGUUCUUGCAAUGUUCU